AUGCCGUGGAGCACUCCCAUUCGCUACUUCUCCACUGGCCUAGUCGCACGGAAUCUGUCACGAUACCCCUCUUUCGUACACAAGGCGCUCAAAGAUGUGCCCUACUCCAAAGAAACUCAAAACCUACCGAAGGCCAGAAAGCGGAUCCUCAUUCUUAGCCCAGAACAGACCAAGGACAAAAAGUACAGUAAGUAUGUUCAGGAGGUCAAUCGCAAAGGCAGACGCCAGACCCCUCGGCAAAUGAUGAAACUCCUUGACGAUGAUGCCAUCAAAAUCAAACCACCCACAUCCAGCAAAGAGUCACUCAUGGAGUCCAUCGAGCUCUUCAAACCAUCGAGUGCAGAUAUUAGCAUUGGUAAGAAAGCGGCUGUCGUGAGUGAUAUUUGCAAGGGGUUCAAGGCCCUGCAGUUACAGGAAUACAUCCUCAAGAAACAUGGGUCUCUCAAGGGACUCAAAGCAGGUACGAAGCAGAAAUUGGCCUCCUUCAUUUUGGAAAAGAUCUGGACUACAAACGUCAAGGAAAUGUCUAUAGAUGACUUGCUCGUCACUGAAAGUGUACCCUUAACGCGGUACGAAAUGUUCCUCCUUCUCCUGUCGCAUGGCCUCAUCCUCAGACACAUCAGAAGCGCUGUUUCUAAGAUCGAAUUCGACAGCGAGUCCAAAAAGCUCCUACUCACAGGCACACCAGAGCAGGUUGAAAAUGCCAAGAUCAAUUUGACUUCGGAUUUGGAGGGCGCUCAUAUGGAAGAGAUCGACCUCUCUGUGGUCAAAAAAUUGGCUCUCAAACAGCACGGUCACUUCAAUGUUGCAGAAGUUAGCAGCAAUACAGAAGUCUAUUUUGAUCCGCUCAACAACGACAAGUACGAGCUCUAUGCGCUUAAUAAGAAUCAGCUCAAACGAACCAAGCGCCUUCUUUUAUGGCUCCUUAACUACAAUCUUCAUACUAAGGAGUUUUUGCAUUUGCCCGAAGGGCCACACCAGUUCCUUCCUUUCAAGCAGGACGAUCUGUUAGCUUGGAAGGAUAGGUCGAAGGAUUUAUAUGUCCUAGAAAAGAAAGAUCAGAAACCAAGCCAACUCCUUCUCGACGAGCUUGCCAAAUUCUCUGAUGAGUCGCUUUCCAAAAUUGACUUGUAUGAUGAAACGUGGCGAGACGAAGACAACAAACUUUCCUUAAAAGCCGCUGCAGAGAAGCAGAGUGACAGCAAAGGAUGGGAUCUUCUAGAAAGCCUCGGUUUCGGAAGCGAAUCGAACGAAGCUACGCAACCACAGGCUUCUGAGCAAACGUCUCACGUGUCUCUUUCUAAAGAACAACGGGAUCAAUUGUACAAAGAGCUCACAGACUUCAAGUACAAACAGUCGUUGCCAGGAGUGGCGGCAGAUAAUCUAGACCCCAAGCUCUUCACGGUGACGCUAGGAAAUGUGUUGUUUGAGAUACCCACCAACAAGAAGAACAUUGUGCCUUCGGCCACCCUGGAACAAAAGCAUAAGCUGGUGCUCUUCAACUCUAAUGUCAUGUUGGCUCACGACAAGAUCAUUUCUAUGCGUGCAAACGACUCAUCCAGCCCAAGCUACAGGGAUCCUCACAUGUACAGCCUUCAGUUCAAGUUUACUCCAUCACCUUUCGUUGCAUCGCUGGAGACUGACAAGGCCAUGGAAUAUCCGCCAGUUGAAAUGUGGGUGCAGCUUAAGGCCAAUCUCAUGCCUGAUGUUGACACCUUACAGAUUGUUUCAGUGGAGGGCGAAAAUUCCAGUCUUGUUUGCUUGCCAGAUGCCAAAAGUGACAUCAAGAUCAGCUGCCAAAUGACGGGAAGAAUACUCGAAGAGCAAGAGGACGCAGAUACUGAAGGCCAAUCAAUUAGCCAAACAUUGGAUUCCACCAUCGACAGAUACCUGCGCUUCUCCAGCCAGCCCGGUGUGGUUGACUUCCUCGAAAAGUCCACUCUUGACUACAGUGGAAGAGCACCCACGUCGAUAGCACCUACUAUUGACCUUGUCAUCAACGGCAAGACUGUCCGUUAUCAUUACCUCAACGUAUCUUAUAGACGGGAAAUUGCCGUUGAAUUGCCCCAGGAAGACGGCACAGAGCAGAUGGUCCAUGUGUCUGUGGUUGAGGGAGGCAGCCUAGGAGGUAAACGCAUAGAGAUCAGGUUUGUUGGCGACCACGCCGCCGAAACAGGCCGGAAGGAGUUCGACCAGCUUCUCGACAGGGUGCUUGAGUUCAUCAACACCCUCUAA